AUGGUCAACAGAAGGUUAAGGGAAAAACUAGAAAGUGAGGGCAGGUUGGACCAUCGACAGCAUGCUUUCCGAGCAGGCUACGGAACAAACACGUACUUCGCGGCACUAGGAGAUUUGCUUCACGAAGCGUACGGCCAAGGCAAGCAUGUCGACCUUGUAUCUCUCGACAUAGCCAAAGCUUACAAUCGGACGUGGACCCCCUUCGCUCUCCGCCAGUUAGCGGAAUGGGGAAUACCUGGAAACACGCCAGCAUUCCGCCAAAAUCUCCUGCUUAACAGAACUUUUAAAGUUCAAAUCGGAGACACCUCCUCCCGAACCUUCCGAGAGGAAACGGGGGUUCCUCAGGGCUCUGUUCUGGCGGUUACCCUCUUCUUAGUGGCCAUGAAUGGUGUAUUUGGCUUCCUACCACCAAACGUGCAUAUAUUCGUAUACGCCGAUGACAUACUGUUAGUAAUCAUCGGCGAUACACCAGGGCGAACAAAGAUUCGAGCCCAGUCUGCGGUGUCUGCCGUUCAGAGAUGGGCAACUUCAGUUGGCUUCACUAUGUCCGCAGCCAAAUGCGUAAGGGGACAUGUCUGUCGGUGGAAGCACCAACUCUCGGGUCCUUCACUCAAAAUAAACGACCAAUCCAUUCCCAACAAGAAAACGGUCCGCAUCCUCGGAGUCGAUAUAGAUCGGAAGCUAAAUUUUCAACACCAUCUUGAUGGAGUCAAGUUGGGACUAAAGCCUAGAAUCAACCUUAUCAAGACCAUCAGCAAACCGCACAGGUCCAACAACCGCAGACUCAGACUACAAGUUGCUCGAGCAGUAAUCGAUAGUCGCAUUCUAUAUGGCACAGAGCUAACUUGCGUGGCCAUGGAAAAUAUCAUCAAAACUCUAAAUCCGGUCUACAAUACCUACGUCCGGACAAUAUCGGGACUUUUGCCUUCGACCCCUGCAGACGCAGCCUGUACCGAGCUAGGUAUAUUACCCUUCCGAUUGCACCUGCACGCUGCCAUAUGCCGAAAGGCGGCUAGUAUCACAGCCAAAACGGCCGGGGAAGACAAAACGUUUCUCCUAAGCCUAGGAGACAGGCUCCUACGUGCUGCUUGCGGUUCAACGAUUCCACCGAUUGCUAAACUCCAUUGGCAUGGUCCUCUUUCCUGGAUGCAACAUCCAAUCCAUAUUGACAACAGCAUCAAAAAUAAAUUUAAAAAAGGGGACAACACUGCGCAACUCCGCCAAGCUGUGCUGGAACUCCAGAGAACCCGCUACCCCGGGCACGAGUACCGAUACACGGACGGAUCCGUAUCCUCCCGAGGAGUCGGAAUUGGAGUUAAGGGAGUGAACCUGUCCAUCUCAAAAAGCCUUUCACCCUACGUGUCCAUUUUCUCCGCGGAAAUGGCAGCCAUUUUCAUAGCGGUCACAACUCCCAAGGACAAACCACUCCUUGUUUUGUCAGACUCAGCAAGUGCUAUCCUCGCUCUGCAGUCCCAAUCGCCAUCUCAUCCCUGGACACAAGGGACAAUCAGAGGAAUCGGACCUAGCACGACUUUGGUCUGGAUCCCUGGACACUGCGGAAUUCCUGGUAAUGUAGAAGCAGACCUACUUGCCUCCAUUGGCCAUCAAGAUGAUCGAUACACCGACACUGUUCCACUUGAUGACGUCAAAAGGUGGAUUCGUAAAGUCUUCAAUGACAAAUGGGAAUUGCAAUGGCAAAAUGCAGUUUUCCCCCAUUUAAGGAAAAUAAAAGGCACGACCAAGGCUUGGACGGAUCUGUCAUCCAUGGAAAACCAGAGAAUCCUAUCUCGGCUUAGAACCGGACACACCCGUCUUUCCCACAACUUCGGCAGCGGCCCAUUCCGUAAAACGUGCGAGCAUUGCAACAUCGAUAACACUGUCGAACACGUUCUGUGCAAUUGCCCACUUUAUGAGGUUCCCAGAAAUGCUUAUGGAAUCUCGAACAGCAUUAGAAACGUUCUCUGCGAUGAUCCUUCCACCAUAGCUACGCUCUUCGUUUUCCUUAAAGAAGCCAGGCUCAUCCACGAAAUCUAA